GCAGUUUUUGUGAACCGACCCGCUUUGGGAAUGUUUCCUUCUGCCGACUGGCCAGAGCUGCUGCAGAAAACCCUGAUGUCUGUGGCGCCUAAAGGGUUGGACGAAGUCAUCACAAUGGCGUGUGGGUCGUGUUCGAAUGAGAACGCCUUCAAGUGUUUGAUGAUGAAUAUGGCCGACAGGAAACGCGGUGGAGCCGACUUUUCGCAGAUUGAUCUAGACACUUGCUUGAUCAACUUGCCUCCAGGGUCCCCCAACUACUCUAUAUUAUCUUUCAAAGGUGCUUUUCACGGAAGGACUUUCGGGGCUCUCUCGACAACCCAUUCCAAGCCAGUUCACAAGCUGGACCUUCCCGCAUUUGAUUGGCCCAUUGCCUCGUUUCCAAUUUACAAAUAUCCACUGGAAGAGUUCAAGAGCGAAAACGAAAUAGUGGAUCGAAGAUGUCUGGAGGAAGUGCAGAUGCUGAUUGAACAAAGGGUGAACACGGGUACAGACGUGGUAGGGGUUGUCGUCGAACCAAUCCAGAGUGAAGGAGGAGAUCAUCACCCAUCACCCGAUUUCUUGCGAAAAUUGCAGGCUAUAACGAAAAAGGCUGCAAUUGGUUUUAUUGUGGAUGAAGUCCAGACUGGUUGUGGUAGCACCGGGAAAAUGUGGUGCCACGAACACUACAACCUAGAUGGUCCUCCUGACAUUGUUACAUUCAGCAAGAAAAUGUUGACUGGUGGUUUCUACCUCAAAAAGGAAUACAGGUGA